AUGAGAAAUGCUGACCGCAAUCAGAGUGAUGCCAUCAUCUUCAUCCUUCUAGGAUUCUCUGAUUACCCAGAGCUCCAGAUCCCUCUGUUCUUGGUAUUCUUGAUGAUAUAUAUGAUCACUGUAGUAGGAAACUUGGGCAUGAUUGUGAUCAUCAGGAUCAACCCCAAACUCCAUACCCCCAUGUAUUUUUUCCUUAGUCACUUAUCUUUUUUAGAUUUCUGUUACUCUACUGUGAUUACACCCAAAUUAUUACAAGUCUUGGUUGUGGAAGACAGAACCAUCUCUUUUGCUCCUUGUAUCAUACAGUAUUCGUUUGCUGCCAUUUGUGUGGUGACAGAGGCAUUCUUAUUGGCAGCAAUGGCCUAUGACCGCUUUGUGGCAAUUUGCAAUCCCUUGCUUUAUAUAGUUGUCAUGUCCCACAAACGCUGUGUCCUCAUUCUGACAGGAGUAUAUGCAUGGGGCCUAAUUUCUUCUCUCAUAUUCAUCUACUCUCUCCUUAUAUUGUCAUUUUCUGGGACCAACAUCAUUAAUAAUUUUCUCUGUGAAUAUUCUGCUAUCCUUUCUGCCUCCAUUUCUGAUAAGCAUGUUACAGAGCUAAUCUUUUUUGUCCUUGCUAAUUUUAACACAUUUUCCACCCUCAUUAUUGUACUCACAUCCUAUCUUUUAAUUUUUAUCACUGUCCUGAAAAUGCAGUCAGUUAGUGGGAGAUAUAAAGCCUUUUCUACUUGUGCCUCCCAUCUGAUAGGUGUUACCAUCUUCUUUGGAACCAUACUCUUCCUCUACUGUUUGCCCAGUUCAAAAAGCUCUUGGCUUCUAGUCAGAAUAAACACUGUAUUUUAUACAGUAGUGAUCCCUAUGCUGAACCCUUUAAUAUACAGUUUGCGAAACAAAGAUGUGAAAGAAUCUAUCAAGAAAUUAAUGGAUAUCAAAAUAUUUUCUCACUAA